AUGAAUAAUGAUAGAAAUGGAAUGGCUGAGAGGAUCCUGAAUCUCACCCUGGAGAUCAUCUGUCUGCUGACUAGAGAGGUAAGGGGUUCUGAGAAAGCUUUUAUCUCAGACACUAUAACAUUGUUAUUCAAAACAUUAACCCUUUUCAGCUCAACAACUUGCGUACACGUUUCCACUUCGGUUGUGCUUUGCUAAGAAAUUUAGACAAUAAAACCUUAAUUAGCUCCCCCUUUCUAGAGCACUGCUAUUCAGCUUGGAUCAUUUCUUAACCUAGAGCUCCAUUAUGUUCUUUACUGUCUCCACAGAAGAACUUUAAAUACCUCCUCCACACUUUGGGUUUCUAUAUGAGCCAUUGCAGGAUAAACUUAAAGGGACACUAUAGUCACCAAAACAACUUUAGCUUAAUGAAGCAGUUUUGGUGUAUAGAACAUGGCCCUGCAGUCUCACUGCUCAAUUCUCUGCCAUUUAGGAGUUAAAUCACUUUGUUUAUACAGCUCUAGUCACACCCACUUGCAUGUGACUUGCACAGCCUUCCAAAACACUUCCUGUAAAGAGUCAUCUACAGUGUAUCCUUCCUUUAUUGCAAGUUCUUUUUUAAUUUAGAUUUUCUUAUCCCCUGCUCUGUUAAUAGCAUGCUAGACCCUGCAAGAGCCUCCUGUAUGUGAUUAAAGUUCAAUUUACAGAGAAAUACAAUUACAGAGAGAUACAAUUGUAUCUAAGGUAAAUUACAUCUGAUUGAAAAUGAAACCAGCAUUUUUUUUUGCAUGCAGGCUAUGUCAGUCAGAGCCAGGGGAAGUGUGACAUGGGCUGCAUAAACAGAAACAAAGUGAUUUAACUCCUAAAUGGCAGUGAAUUGAGAAGUAAAACCUGAGAGGCAUGAUCUAUACACUAAAACUGCUUCAUUAAACUAAAGUUGUUUAUGUGACUAUAGUGUUCCGUUAAUGGCUUUCUUAGCACUCCAAGACAGGAGAAGGAAGAGAAUCAGGCAUUAUGCCUCAUUAUGAAAAUAAACUAGAUAAAACGAGUAGAGGAUAAGGAGUGGAGUACUGAAUGGGUUAAAUAAGGUAAAACACAGCUAAAACAUGCAAGGUAUAUUGCAGGCAACUUAUAUCUGGAGAUAAAUGAAGUGAAGGCAGCUAAAAUACACUACAUAUAUAGAAAUCAAAAUAGGAAGUUUGCAAUAAAAUAGACAUGCAGUAUAAAUAUUGCUUGGUAAUUGGAUAUAGUCCAAAAGUGUGAGAAAUUGAUACAAAUGAGUCUUUGUAGCAAGGAAAAUGUCACUAUGUAAUCUGUUUACCUGUAUAGGAGGACCAUAGCUAAAUAUACAGCUGUGAUAUCUCUGACAGGCUCAGAUAGUAUAGUACUGUCAAAUUCAAAUGUACAAAAUUUAAAAAAUCACUAUUAGUUCUCAGUGAUAGAUAUAAAGUGGCAGGAUCUUCACUGCGAUAUGAGUGAAAUGGUAUCGGGUGGAAAUCGGAUAAGCAGGAACCACUGGGAUGCAGUUUUGAAGUGGAUCAAUGAUUGUCCUCCCUCCGGCCAGCUCGGAGGUGAUGUUGUGAGGAGUUAUUAGAUCAGAAAUGUUCGUGUGCGUUCCACUUUGUCCCGUACCUGCGUUCCACUGAGACCCGAUACCAGGAUGAUGUGCAACAGAUGCCAUUAGUUAGUCUCAAUGUGUUAGUCAGUAUAACAAAGAGUCUUUACUUAAAAUAUGCUUUAAUUUCACCUGGUUUUUCUCACUCUGUCUGUUAAACAGGAUUAUGUGAUUGUGAAUAAGAUUGCUGAGCAUGUAAUGCAGAGAAGCACUGCUCGUGUCUCAGAAGGAUCAGGUAGGACCCAGGCCACCAUCACGGUGCCACCACCUCACUCAACAAUACAUGAGCGGAACAAUGAGAAGAAGAUCCUGGAACUGACCAAUCAGAUCAUCCAACUGCUGACUGGAGAGGUGAGGCUGCUGGGAAUGGGAUAUUAUAUAGUAAAACCAAGGGAUGUGUCUGGAUGGUGACUGUAUCAUUGGGUGUGUCAGGUUCCUAUAAGGUGUGAGGACGUCACUGUCCAUCUCUCCAUGGAGGAGUGGGAGUAUUUAGAAGGACACAAGGAUCUCUACAAAGAUGUGAUGACGGAGAAUCACCAGACACACAUCUCAAUGGGUAAGAAGAUGUUCAGAUACUCAUGUGUGUUUAUGUAAGAUAAUUAUAUAUCUGCACUAUGUUCAAACUCCUUGUUGAACCAAUAAAGAUAUAAAAUCAACAAUUACAAUACAAUAUUACUAAUUAUUGAUGCUAUAUUAGUAAAUUUAGGAAAUUGAAUUAACUGGUGUAUUAAAGGGAUACUCUAAAAAUAAAAACAACUAGCUUUAUGAACUUGUUUUGUGUUGUAUAAAUCAUGCCCCUGCAAACUCAUUGCUCAAUUAUACUGUUAAGAGUCAAAUCAUUUUGUUAAUGCAGCCCUAGCCACAUAUUUUUUUAUACACUUCCUAAAAAUAUAUCAUUUUUUAUUUUGCCUCAUUUAUUGCACAGAAUGUUUAAUUUACAAUUUCUUAUCUUCUGCUCUGUUUAUUACCUACAGGAGCCUACUGUGAGUGAUUCAAGUUUAAUUAUCAGAGUAGGAGAUACAAUCUUCUAAUGUGAACACACCAUUCUGUAGGUUAUGAUUAUAUGAUUAAAAAUGAAAAGAUAAAUGUGAUUUAGGUGGUGAGAGUCAGGGCCUGGGUUUGUGUGUAACUAUGGCUGCAUAAACAGCAAUUAAAUAAAAGAAAAUCAUUUAAUGGCAGAUAAUUGAGCAGUGAGACUGCAGAGGCAUGUUCUAUACACCAACACUGUUUCAUUAAGCUAAAGCUGUUUUGUUGCUUUACGUACAUUUAACUAAAGUGUGAGUUGCCUGGAAUUUGAAAGAAAAUUAUUUUUUUCCCAGAGAAGUCAAACUGAAAUCUUUACACUCCCCUCAACCCCUAACUUGAAAAAAAUUUGGGAAUUGGAUACUUAACAAAAUUAAUCUCAGAGGAUUCACCACUCCUGACAAAAUAACAUUUUAUUCUGUGUACAACAAACUGAAAAUUUGGUUACAUGAUGCUGAAGCCCAUAGGAAAGCACUGAUUCAAAGCUUUGCAGUGGGUAGUUUGGAUUCACACAACGUUCACUGCACGUGAGCUUUAGGUCCCAUUGGACUAUCGUAGAGAAGGCCAUGCCUUCUUCUUACAUAGUGGGAGAUGAAGAGGUAAGCAGCUACCAGAGAGUCUUGGAGCUUAAAAAAGGUAAGUAAAACUUUAAUUAUGUAUGUGUGUGUGUAUAUAUAUAUAUAUAUAUAUAUAUUUAUUUAGUUUUUGCACUAGAGGGGGCAACCUGAAAAAAAGAGUAGGGACGGGGACACUAUAACAUUAGGAAUGCAGAUUUGUAAUUAAUAAAGAUAUGUGGUUCAAAAAUGCAUUACCUUUUUUUUUUUAAAUUGUUAAAUGAAAACUUAAAUACAACUUUGUGCUUUAUGUAGAUGGGUCCAUAGUCAAUGGUACGGCUAAAGAAUUUCCCACGCCUAUUUAUUCAGUUGAUUUUCUAAAGGAAGCAGAAAGGCAGUGGGCAGUGGGAAGCAGAAAAGCAGUGGGAGAUUAGAGAGGUCAAUGCGUGGCUAAAGUCUUAGUGCAGGAAAGAGGGUUUUGGGUUUUUAGAACACUGGGCCGACUUUGCGAUUGGGUACAACCUUUAUAGUGGUGAUGGAUUGCACCUAAAUGGAAGAGGGUCUGCUGUGCUGGGGGAUAGGAUGGCUAGAAGGUUGGAGGAGAUUUUAAACUAGUGGUGGGGGAGGGGGAGGGUCAUAGCAAUCUAGAAAAUGAAGAUAGGAUGGAAAGGAGAUGGGCUUUAGCUCAGAAAAAAGGGGGUGGAGAUGGGGGGAGGGGAAAGCUCAGAACAGAGGAGGUAUGUAAUAUUGAUAAUUCACAAAAAGUACAAAAGACUCAUGAUAAUAUUAAAUGUAUCCUUACUAAUGCAAGGAGCCUAUAUAACAAAAUGGGGGAACUAGAGGCAAUAGCAUACACUAAACAAUAUGAUCUAUUAGGCAUAACAGAAACAUGGUGGGAUGAGACACAUGACUGGGCAGUUAAUUUAAAUGGGUACACGUUAUUUAGGAAGGAUAGGAGAAACUAGAAGGGUGGUGGGGUAUGUUUAUAUAUCAACCAUGAGUUAAAGUCAAAUCUUAGGCAUGUGGAGUGUGACGAGGAAAAUGUGGAGACUUUAUGGGUAGAUAUCUGCUUGGGGAAAACAAAGGGAAAUCAAUUAUUGGUUGGGAUAUGUUAUAAACCACCUAAUAUAAAUAUUAUUGAGGAAGAACAGCUGUUAGAGCAAAUCGAGGUAACACAUUAAUUAUUGGAGAUUUUAAUUACCCAGACAUAAAUUGGGAUAGAGGAACUAGUACUUCAGCAAGGGGAAUCAGGUUUUUGAAUGUGUUAAAUGACACCUUUAUGUCACAAUUGAUACAAGCACCAACUAGAAAGGAUGCUUGUCUGGAUCUCGUCAUAACAAACAAUGUUGAUCUUUUUAACCAACAUUCAAGUAGGGGAGCAUUUGUGAAAUAGUGAUCACAAUAUGGUAACUUUUGAAAUAAACUCAAAAAAGCAAAAGCAAGUGGGGUAUACUAAAACAUAUAAUUUAAAAAAAGCAAAUUUCAAUAAGAUUAGGGCAGCUCUACAACAUAUCGACUGGCAUAAACUCCUUAGUGAUAAAAACACUGAGGAUAAAUGGAAACUAUUCAAACAAAUAUUAGAAAGGUACAUUUCUCAGUAUGUACCAUUGGGUAAUAAAUAUAAAAUAAACAAAUUAAAACCAAUGUGGCUUAGUAGAGAAGUAAAACAAGAGAUUAAAAAUAAGAAAAGGGCAUUUAAAUCAGACAAAUCAGAGGCAUCCUAUUUAAGAUAUAAGGAAGCCAAUAACGCUUGCAAAAAGGCAAUUAAAAUGGCUAAACUAGAAAAUGAGACAUUGAUAGCUAAAGAAUGCAAAACCAACCCCAAAAUUUUUUUCAAGUACAUCAAUUCUAAAAAAACAAAAAAUGAAAGUGUAAGCACACUGGAAACAGAGUUGGGUUUAUUAGCUAAUGAAGACCAGGAAAAAGCAGAAAUUUUAAAUAACUACUUUUUCUUCAGUAUAUAUUAAUGAGGAUCCUAUGGCAAGAGAUAUGCAAAUGAUUGCUGCAAAAAAACUUGCAAAUAGCUUGUGAUUGGAUAACUCGAGACAAGGUGCUACAGCUAUUAAAGAAAAUUAAUGUAAAUAAAGCUCUGGGGCCUGAUGGUAUUCACCCACGAGUACUUAAGGAGCUAAGUGGGGAAAUAAGUGAACCUCUGUAUUUAAUUUUUCAAGAUUCUUUUGUUUCAGGUGUUGUACCGGAGGAUUGGAGGAAGGCAGAUGUUGUUCCUAUAUUUAAAAAGGGUUCAAAAUCCUUGCCUGGAAAUUAUAAUAAUAAUGAUAAUAUUCAGGAAUUCAUUGGGAAUAACUUUAUUAGCAAUAACCAGCAUGGUUUUAUGAAACAUAGGUCAUGUCAAACUAACCUAAUUGCAUUCUACGAAGAAGUAAGUAGAAGUAUAGAUCUGGGUGUUGCAGUGGAUGUGAUCUACUUGGAUUUUGCCAAGGCAUUUGAUACGGUUCAUCACAGUAGGUUAGUCUUCAAACUAAAAGAAAUUGGUCUACAUGAAUAUUCUUGUUCUUGGGUAGAACAUUGGCUUAAGGAUAGAGUACAACGAGUUGUAAUUAAUGGUAAAUGUUCAGGCUGGACAAAAGUGGUAAGUGGUGCCCCUCAGGGUUCUGUUUUGGGACCACUUCUAUUUAACAUAUUUAUAAAUGAUCUUGAAAUAGGCAUUGAAAGACAUGUAUCAGUGUUUUCAGAUAACACAAAACGUUGUAAAGUAAUAAAAUUUGAGCAGGAUAUUGCUUUGCUGCAGAGGGAUUUGGAUAGAUUGGGGGACUGGGCAUUAAAAUGGCAGAUGAAAUUAAACAUAGAGUAAUGCAAAGUUAUGCACUUCGGGGUUAAGAAUGCACAAGCAACUUACACACUAAAUGGUAGUGAAUUAGGGAUAACCACACACAAGAAGGAUUUGGUAAUUGUUAUAGAUAACAAAUUAGGCAGCAAUAUGCAAUGUCAAUCUGCAGUUGCUAAGGCCAGUAAGGUUUUGUCAUGUAUAAAUAGGGGCAUAAAUUCUUGGUAUGAAAAUAUAAUUUUGCCUCUUUAUAAAUCGCUGGUAAGACCACACCUUGAAUAUGCUGUGCAAUUUUGGGUGCCUGUUCUAAAGAAAGAUAUCAUGGCACUAGAAAAAGUCCAGAGACGAGCUACAAAAUUGAAAAAAGGAAUGGAGCAUUUUAGUUAUGAAGAAAGGUUAAAAAAAAUUAAUCUGUUUAGUUUGGAAAAACGGCGCCUGAGAGGGGAUAUGAUAACUUUAUACAAAUAUAUUCGGGGCCAGUACAAAACUUUAUCUGGAAAUCUAUUCAUAAACAGGGCUAUACAUAGGACACGAGGUCACACAUUUAGGCUGGGAGAAAGGAGAUUUCAUCUAAGGCAAAGAAAAGGUUUUUUUACAGUAAGAGCAAUAAGGAUAUGGAAUUCUCUGCCUGAAGAGGUGGUUUUGUCAGUCACUACAGAGGUUUAAACUGAAAUAGGAUAAAUACUUGCAAAAACAUAACAUACAGGGAUAUCAUUUCUAAUUAGUGGGGUAAUAGCUGCUUGAUCCAAGGAGACAUCUGACUGCUAUUUUGGGGUCAAGAAGGAAUUUUUUCCUAGUUUGUGGCAAAAUUGGAAGCGCUUCAGACUAGGUUUUUUGCCUUCUUUUGGAUCAACAGCAACAACAUAUGUGAGGAAGGCUGAACUUGAUGGACACAAGUCUCUUUUCAGCUAUGGAACUAUGUAACUUUGUGCUUUAUGUAGAUGGGUCCAUAUUCAAUGGUACGUCUAAAGAAUUUCCCACGCCUAUUUCUUCAGUUGAUUUUCUAAAGGAAGAUAUACGAUCUAUUAAAAAUGAUCUGGGAGAAAAAUGUUUGAAAGUGUGUAACCCGACGAUGGUGCUUAGCAGAUCUCUGAGAAAAGUAGGCACAGAUUUGGCUUCACGCAAAAAAGAAAGUUUCCAAGACACUGACAUCUAUACAGAGACCGAUUAUAUAUCUAUUCCUAAAAAAGAGGAAUCUGCUUUAUGUGACAAUGGAAAUCUCACGGACACUGACAGAUAUACAGAGACAGAAUAUCCUGCUGUUCAUAUCAAGGAGAAGCCAGCCAUGUGUGAAGAAGGGAAUCUUAAUGACAUUUACACACAAACAAAAUACACAUCAACUCAUGUUCUGGAGAAUCCAGACUUAUGGAAAGAAGGGAAAUGCACAGACACAGAGAUGUAUAUUCCUAGGGAGCAUACACAGAAAAGAAAUGCAUGUUUUGCUACUAAGAAGGAUUCAGAUUCAAAUGGAAAAGAAAAUGGUGCUUGCAAUCUCAUUUACACACCUAUGAAAAAUACAUUCACAGAAUAUGGAUUAACUCAUGUUAAUAUGUGCAGCAACGGUAGCAGUAAUGUAAUAAGUUCUAAAUGUCACCCACAACAUCACACUACAACAAAUAUGUUCAGAUGUCCCAAGAGUCAGGACGGUUUCACUGGUAACUUAUGUCUUAAUAAACAGAAGAUGAUUCACGAAGUAAAGAAAUUGGCCUUCUCUCAAUUUGGCAAACAGUCCUCUGAUGAUUUUGUUAUGUGUUGGGAAUCUAAUGAAAGAGAAAAAUUAAUCAAAUGUGAUGACAGUAACAGUUUAUACAAUGAUUCAGCUCCUCGUACACAUCAACGAUUUGAAAAAGGAGACAAGCCAUAUAUAUGUUCUGACUGUGGGAAAUGUUAUAGCAAUCACCCAAAUCUUCUGAAACAUCAGAGAAUUCACACAGGAGAAAAACUUUUUUCUUGCUCAGUAUGUGGGCGAUGUUUUACACAUAAAUUAAAUCUUGAUAUACACGAGAGGGCUCACACGGGAGAGAAACCAUUCUCUUGUUCUGUAUGUGGGAAAUGUUUUAAUGCUAAAUCAAAUCUUGUUACUCAUCAGAGGAUACACACAGGAGAGAAACCUUUCAAAUGUAAUGUAUGUGGGAAAUGUUUUUCUAAUAAGUCAAAUUUAACCAAACACCUGAAGAUUCACACAAGAUAA